AUGUUCAACUGCCUAAGACGGUACCUCGCGAAGUGCGAUGUCCGAGUUCCGUUGCGAGCCAUACACGACGUCAGCAAGGUACCUCGUGUUCGCGAUCGUACGAACGCUCAUUUGAAAGUCAGUGAUUACGGCUACGUUUGGAAUUAUCACCAAGAAGGUCAACCACUUCCUCGUAUGAAAGAUUGCAUGGUGCCGGUCAAGACGGUGCCAUACAAAGUAAGAGACAUGUGGACGAAGGAAAAGGCGCUCUUUGGUCAAAACGACUAUAUAGAUUUGCUCGGUGAUGGCAGCGUUCACCCGGCGCAGCUGAUGUAUCACCAGCCACCUUGGCUUCGGGGAUUCCCAGGAAGUCACCGUGCCAACGAACUCAUCAAACUGAUUCACUACCGUAAUUUGUAUCACGAGCGAAUGAAACGAAAUGCACCAAAGCGCUGGCACGACUUGUUAAAGCGAAUUAAUUACUUGCUGAAAUACCACAACUAUAAAAAGCAGGACGAAAUCAAGAUCGAACGGGAUUUGGGCAUCUGGGAAGAGGAACCGGACUUUUACUACAAAGACAAAACCCGACGGACGUUUCUUGACAUUCCGUGA